AUGGCGGAUGCGGCCUCUCCACUGACGACGCUGAACUACGUCAAGGCGAGCACAGCGACGACAGCCUUCCUCGGGCUUCCGCGGCUCUGCCAGUCCCCUUCCUUGUCCGUCAGGCAGAUGAAAGCGUUGGUCGGCAUCGGCGCCGCGACCGAGUCGCAUCCUGUCACACUCCACGACGCGCGAAGCGACUCCUCCCUCCGGUAUGAGACGUGCGGCUUCAAAUUGGAGCCUCUCUCCUCGGGUGUGGUCGACUGGUCGCAGGUGGCAAAAAGGGGCACUCCCGAACACACCCUCUACAAGGCGGAGCUGGAGGCCAUCGUUAGGAGGCUUCAUCCCGAUGCCAAGGCCUUGGCCUGGAGCACGUUUCUCUUGCGCGGCGGCCCAGGAGAGAAUGGGCCUGCUGCAGGCGCGAUACAUCUCGACUGGUAUCCCGACGUGGCCGCCUGCAAGGAGUUCCUCAGCGAGCACCCAGAAGGUUACCACGACUUGAAAGACACUGCUGCGCAGGUCAAAUCGCAGCCAGGCAACGAGAACCUGGAGCUGAAGGUUGUCCUCGGCCUGUGGAAGCCACGAAACGAGAGCAACCCAGUGAAGGAGGCUCCGCUCAUCGAGCAAUGUUUUAAUGUCAACGCCGAGGGGACCAGCGUCCCCGUGGCGAACCUCGCCGCAAACUUGAAGCAUAGCGAGAGGCAAAAGUGGUACUACUUCAAGGAUCAGACCCGCGACGAGGUCUUUGUAUUCCGCCACGCCACGAUUGAGCAGCCGUCGUUCGCAAACUUCCACUGCGGCGGCGUGCUGCCCUUGCCCGCGGGCAUGGAGAAGCGUUCGUCGGUGGAAACGCGGGUGAUGCUCUACUUCUGA